AUGUUUUCCAGCCCCACAUUUCUGGUGACAGCUCCCUGUAACAUCAGGCCUGGUGGAAAUGUAACUGUUGGGGUUGUUCUUCUGCAAGACAGCCCGCUCCAAGUCACAGUCAGAGGGGAAGUGCUCAGAGGAAAUGAUUCCCUGCUGAGUGGAGAGCUUGUUUUUGAAAAAGGUUCCUUUGGGAUACUUGUUCUUCCAGCACUGCCUUUGAACAGUGCUUCUGGAGAUUAUGUGUUACUGGUGGAAGGGCAUGCUGAGGGCCGUCACAUAUUCUCUAACAGGACCAAACUGUUAUUUGAGUCCAAGAGUAUUUCUGUCUUCAUCCAGACUGACAAGUCUUUCUAUAAACCAGGGCAAGAAGUGAAGUUUCGGAUUGUGACCAUCUAUCCUGAUCUCAAACCCUAUAGAGCUUUAUUAAGCAUAUACAUCCGGGACCCUCGAGGGAAUUUGAUUCAGCAGUGGUUGGCAGAGAAAGGUGAUUUGGGUGUGGUUUCCAAAAACUUUCAAUUAUCAACAAGCCCCCCACUUGGAGAUUGGUCUAUUCAAGUUCAAGAAAAUGGUCAAACUUAUUAUCAAAGAUUUACUGUGGUAGAAUAUGUGUUGCCAAAAUUUGAAGUUACUCUAAAAGCAUCAUUAUAUUCUUCAAAAGGCGCUGAUUUAGUGGGUACUGUCACUGCGAAGUAUACUUAUGGAAAACCAGUGAAAGGAACUGUAACAGUCAUUUGUUCUCUUCUCCUCUAUUGGAGAAACCAGCGAAAUACCACACAAACAAUAGAGAUAAAUGGAUCUGUGAACUUCACUUUUAGCUACCUGGAGAUGCAAAAUUUAACUACUCCUCAAAAUCAGUGGUAUGGAAGUGACUUCGUGGACGGAGGGCCAGUAGAGAUUACUGCUAUAGUUACUGAAUCAUUGACAGGAAUCUCCCAAAAUUCAAGCACCACUGUAUUUCCAAAGCGGAGUGACUACAUCAUUGCAUUUUCUGACUAUCCUAAAGUUCUAAAACCUUCUCUGAACUUUAUAGCUACUCUGAAAGUAAUGCAUUCUGACAACAGUCCUCUAACAGCUGAAGACAGACAAAAUUAUGUCACCAUCACUGCGGAACAGUCAGACUCAGUUUCUCACCGAUCUUUGUUUUCUCUAAGUGAAAAUGAAGUUGCGCAGCAGGGAAAUGAAUCAGUUCAUUCACUAAGUUACAGUGUCCCAGAAACAGGAAUUGUUCAGAUUGAAAUUCCAAUUCUGGCUACUGCAAGAAGUCUACAAAUGAAGGCUAGUUUUCUUGAUGGUGAAACUAGUAUAACAGUUGAUGAUGUAUUUAAUGCCCCCAGCAAGACUUACCUCCAGAUAAAAAGCCCAGGACAGGAUGUAAAGGCUGGAACACCUUUUGAGCUGAGUAUUGCAAGCAACAUGCCAAUAAAAGAGUUCAAUUACAUGGUGGUAUCUAAGGAACAAAUUGUGGCUUUUGGCAAAAAAGUUACAACAACCUUCACUUUAACAGCAGAAAAUUCUUGGGCUCCUUUGGCAUGUAUAGUUAUUUUCUAUACUACUGAGACUGGAGACGUGGUAAAUGAUGUUCUGGUUAUUCCUGUUCAACCUGUUUUUGAAAACAAGAUCACAAUAUCUUGGAGUAAAGAUAAGGUCAGUCCAUCUGAGAGAGUCUCCCUGAGAAUCAGUGCAACUGAAUCCAGAUCUGUAGUUGGACUUUCAGUUGUUGACAAAAGUGCAAAGUUGUUAGGAGAAAAGGCUGAUAUUACAGAAGAUGCUGUGCUCCAUGAAUUAUAUUUGUACAACACAAAGCAAUUCUUUGCCUCAGUUAGAAGUCCCUUCCGUGUCUUUCAGAAAUGCAACCUCUGGGUAUUAACUGAUGCAAACCUUGCUGAAGAUGAGGAUCUUUUUCUCUAUGAUGACAUACUAACCUUCAUGGAUUCUGACACAGAGACACAUUUUCCAGUAAGACCGUCUCCUCCCAGUUAUCCACAUGUAAGGAUGUAUUUUCCAGAGACUUGGCUUUGGAUUGACUCUAACACUAGAUCCAGCAAAGACAUCACAAUGGAAGUAACUGUACCUGAUACCAUCACUUCGUGGGUAGCCAGUGCUUUUGUAAUGUCUGAAAACCUUGGUCUUGGAAUACUGACUGCUCCAGUGGAGCUAGAAACAUUUCAGCCUUUUUUCAUUUCCUUGAACCUUCCUUACUCUGUUACCAGAGGAGAACAGUUUAUUUUGGAAAUAAAUAUCUUCAAUUACUUGAAAGAAGAGACCAAGGUUACAGUGACCCUGGAUAUCAGUGAUGCUUUUGAAAUUCUUAUAACAUCCAAUGAAAUAAACGCUACAGGAAACCAACAGUCUGUGUUAGUACCAAGUGAAGAUGGAAGGACUGUUAAUUUCCCAAUCAAACCAAAACAGCUGGGGGAGAUCCCUAUCAAAGUGACAGCAGUGUCACCCACUGCUUCUGAUGCUGUUCUCCAGAAAGUUUUAGUGAAGGCUGAGGGCCUUGAACAGUCCUACUCACAGGCAGUACUCUUGGAUUUGACUGGGAAUAAUACAAAAACUAUAUCAAAAACUCUGCAUUUCAACUUUCCUUCUGAUGUAGUAAGUGGCAGUGAAAGAGUGCAAGUCACUGCUAUUGGUGAUAUCCUUGGGCCUUCUAUCAAUGGUUUGGAGUCUUUGAUUAAGAUGCCUUAUGGCUGUGGUGAACAGAACAUGAUCAACUUUGCUCCAAAUAUUUAUGUGUUGGAAUAUCUGACUAAGACAAGGCAAUUAAAGGAGAAUAUUAAAUCAAAGGCUAUAUCUUUUAUGAGAGAAGGAUACCAAAGAGAGCUUCUCUACCAAAGAGAUGAUGGCUCUUUCAGUGCCUUUGGAAACAGUGACUCCUCUGGGAGCACUUGGUUAUCGGCUUUUGUAUUAAGAUGCUUCAUUCAAGCUCGCCCAUUCAUAGAUAUUGAUCCUUAUGUGCUGUCGAGAACAGCUGCUUGGAUUGUCAAACAUCAGAAACAUAAUGGUGAAUUCACGGAGCCUGGAAAAGUGAUACACAGUGAACUUCAAGGAGGGAGUAACAGUCCAGUAACUCUUACUGCUUAUGUUGUGACAACCCUAUUAGGCUAUGAAAAUGAUGAGUUUGUUGUAGUGAUCAAAGAAGCUGCAAGCUUUCUGGAAGCUAAAUUAGAAGAAGGAAUUUCUGAUAACUACACUAUGGCCUUAGUGACAUAUGCAUUGUCUUUGGCAAACAGUAUGAAAGCAAAGAAAGCCCUGAACAUACUAAAUCAGAAAUCAGAACAGCAAGGAGAAAUUCGAUUCUGGACGACACCAGCUCCUGAACUUUCUGACUCAUGGCAGCCACGGUCCGUUGACAUUGAACUUGCAGCCUAUGCUUUGCUGUCUCACUUCCAGCAAGAUAGAUUAGCAGAGGGGAUUCCUAUAAUGAAAUGGUUAAGCCAGCAACGAAAUCACCUUGGAGGUUAUUCAUCUACUCAGGACACAGUAGUUGCCCUGCAAGCCUUGAGUUUGUUUGCAGUUCUUACUACUACCAGUAAAACGGAAAUUAGUGCAACAGUGACUGGACCAAAUCUGGAAGCUCUGGCAGAAUUUUCAGUUGAUACUCAAAACCGGUUUCUUCUUCAGACCAAAGAGAUUGCACCUAUGCAACCAAUGGUAGUUACAGUGUCAGCAGAAGGUACUGGAUUUGCCAUUUUUCAGCUCAACAUUAUUUACAACGUGAAGCAUUCAGUCACUCAAAGAAGGCGCAGAUCUGCCCAAAGUCCAGAAGCCUUUGACUUAGAUGUUGUUGUAAAUGAUGACAAAAAUGAUAUAAAUCAUUUGACCCUAAAUGUGUGUACAAGGUAUUUGGGGUCCAGUGCAUCUCCCAAAAGUGGUAUGGCCCUCAUGGAAGUUGGCAUGCUUAGUGGCUUCUCUGCAUUACUGGAUUUCAUUUCAUUACACGAUCCAAUUAAGAAGGUAGAAAAGGACAAUGGAAAAGUCAGCCUAUACUUAGAUUCUCUAAAUGAAACACAGGUUUGUGUGGAAAUUCCUGCCGUGAGAGACUUCAAAGUAGCAAAUACUCAAGGUGCCUCAGUGAUUAUAGUGGAUUACUAUGAACCAAGAAGAAAAGCAGUGAGAAGCUAUAAUUCUGAAGUGAUGCAGAAGUUGUCAUCUUGUGUCUUCUGUGAAAGUGACUGUAAUCUUUGUGAAAAAAAAUCCAGUGAUGGUGCUCAAGGAUUGCUCCUGCACUCAGGGACUUUCCUUUUCUGCAUAUUGUUCGCAAUCCAUGUAAACUUGCUGUAAAGCUGGGUGGCGUAAGAGGAUACUAGUUAUAUUGCACUUCUAAGGUUUGCAUAAAUUACCCAAAGAAAGUUUUAUAUUCCAAGGGACUAAUCCUUUUUCCAUUGAUGUCAGUGACUAAACUCCUGCUGUGUGCAGCGAGAGCAGGAUUGGACCCAUACUUUAAGCUCCUGGCUGUGCCAGAAAAUGUUCUUAAUAUUUCUAUUGGAAAAUAUUAAUGUGCCUUUUUAAAUGUUAGUUUCAUACUGAAGUUAUUUUCUAAAGAAAUGCAGAAUAAGAUUUAUUGAGAAAACAGUUAAGGCUAAGUUUAUAUUUUCUAACUGUUCCUUCUUUCUUCUCAGCCUAGUUUUUUGAUUUGCUUACUGUUAUGGUUUUAUGUUAAAAAUAAAGAAAAUGAUGUUUAUUUUA